AUGAACGCCUACAUUGCUGGCCUCGUCGUUCCUCUCAUCGUCCUCCUCUACCGCAGCCGCAAUUCCGCCAACCGCAAGCGCCGCGGCUUGCCCGCCGCUGACGCCGCCGGCGAGCCCGGUUUCGCGGUGCGGAACCACCGCUUCGCCUCGCCGCUGAGUUCGGCGUGGCAGGGCGUGGCGACGCUUGCGGAGCUCUUCGAGAGCGCAUGCAGGGAGCACCGUGAGCGCGUCUUGCUCGGCACGCGCAUUCUUAUCCAGCGUGACACUGAUACAGCUGCGGACGGUAGAAUCAUAGAGAAGCUUGAACUCGGAGAAUACAAGUGGCUCACCUACGGCGAAGUCUUUGAAUCCGUCUCCAGUUUCGCCUCCGGUUUGGCCAUGCUCGGUCACCGCAGGGAAGAGCGCGUGGCUAUCUACGCUGACACCAGAGACCGUUGGUUUAUUGCACUGCAGGGUUGCUUCAGGAGGAACGUGACUGUUGUGACUAUAUACGCGUCGUUGGGAGAGGAAGCUUUGUGUCACUCGUUGAAUGAGACAGAGGUUACAACUGUGAUUUGUGGGCGCAAAGAAUUGAAAUCACUAGGAAAAGUUGGUGGUCAACUUGACACAGUGAAACGUGUGAUAUGCAUGGACGACGAUAUCCCAUUUGUUUUCUCGUCUGAUGAUGCCCAGAAUGGCUGGACAAGCACUUCCUUUGCUGACGUUGAGAGGCUUGGUAGAGAAAAUCCUGUUGAGGCUGAUUUACCCCUUUCAGCGGAUGUUGCGGUUAUAAUGUACACAAGUGGAAGUACAGGAUUGCCCAAGGGUGUGAUGAUGACACAUGGCAAUGUCCUGGCAACAGUCUCUGCUGUAAUGACAAUAGUUCCUAACCUUGGGCCAAAGGAUGUCUAUCUAGCAUACUUACCGAUGGCUCAUAUCCUUGAAUUAGUAGCUGAGAAUUUGAUUGCAGCUGUUGGAGGUUCUAUAGGAUAUGGAUCUGCUUUGACUUUAACUGAUACAUCAAGCAAAGUAAAAGAGGGGAAAACAGGGGAUGCCACUGAAUUGAUGCCAACUGUGAUGGCAGCUGUACCAGCAAUUCUUGAUCGUGUACGUGAUGGAGUGCUCAGGAAGGUAAAUGCAAAGGGAGGAUUGUCAAAGAAAUUGUUUGAUUUAGCCUAUGCACGAAGGUUGCAUGCAAUUAAUGGUAGCUGGUUUGGUGCUUGGGGGUUGGAAAAAGCUCUAUGGAAUUUUCUUGUGUUCAAAAAGGUUCAGGCAAUUUUGGGUGGUCGCAUCCGGUUUAUACUGUGUGGUGGUGCUCCCCUCUCUGGUGAUACUCAAAGAUUUAUCAAUAUUUGUCUUGGUGCUCCUAUAGGUCAAGGAUAUGGUCUCACAGAAACUUGUGCUGGUGGGACAUUCUCUGAUUUCGAUGAUACAUCUGUUGGCCGUGUUGGGCCACCUCUUCCUUGCUCAUAUAUUAAGCUAAUUGACUGGCCUGAAGGUGGAUAUUCAACCAAUGACUCACCAAUGCCGCGUGGUGAAAUUGUAAUUGGUGGUCCAAAUGUCACUCUUGGGUACUUCAAAAAUGAAGAAAAAACAAAAGAAUCUUACAAGGUUGAUGAAAGGGGAAUGAGGUGGUUCUACACCGGUGACAUAGGGAGAUUUCAUAAAGAUGGUUGCCUUGAGAUCAUUGAUCGGAAAAAGGACAUAGUUAAACUGCAGCAUGGAGAAUAUGUGUCAUUGGGAAAGGUUGAGGCAGCUCUUCUUGCCAGCCCCUUCUUAGACAACAUCAUGGUGCAUGCUGAUCCGUUUCAUAACUUCUGUGUGGCACUCGUGGCAGUUUCUCGUCCCGCACUGGAGCAAUGGGCUUCAGAGCAAGGCAUUGCUUAUUCUAAUAUUUCAGAAUUGUGCAGGAAAGAAGAAGCUAUGAAGGAGGUGAAUGCAUCACUUCUAAAGGAAGCAAAGGCGGCUCGUUUGGAAAAAUUUGAGAUUCCUGCAAAAAUUAAGUUGGUUUCUGACCCAUGGACUCCUGAAUCUGGCCUAGUCACUGCAGCUCUUAAGCUCAAGAGAGAGAUAAUUAGAAAGACUUUUCAAGAAGACCUCUCAAAGUUAUACACCUCAGACUAGACCGAAUCUGGAUCUCGUUACCCUUCCAAGUGAAUAAACUACUUUUAGGUGGCGAUGUAGAGCAGCGACAAGACCCUCUUGCCGGCGAGGAAGUGGCGGGUUGGGGUUUUGUUAAACUCGGAAUGUGGAUUCCACCAUUCACGCUUUGUAUUCUUUCAGCUUCAGCUUCAGCUUCAGGUGCAGUGCAAUCAGUGCCUUUUUCGUAUCAUGGUCCCGUCUGAACUCGAAGCUUAUCAGCUUCAUAGCAGAGAGAUGAUGAUAUCCACCUAAAUUGCAAAAUCAAGGUAGUGACGACAAGGGGUUCAACAAAACGAAUGAUACCAACCGGUUACGAGUAAUUAAUCAAUUAACCUUGCUCAUUGAAUAUUUAAUUAUACAACUUAACAGUUGCGGUGCUGAUUUUUCUAAGGGCAAUUGGAAUUUCCUUUUCAGAAAUGCUCACUCUCUACCACACAUUAUUUAACGAGAGACUCGU